GCGCAACUUCGUCUUGUUUAUCGAUCACCAUCGAUUGCCAUGCCCCUGUUGACCGCCAAAACCGCACAUCGCACAGAACAGCGUGACUCUGCCUGUUCAUUCCGAAGACAUGUCCACCUCAGCUGAUGCCGAAAGGCUCAAGGUUCAACUAUCCACGCUCCUUUCUCAGGCGCACGAACGAAGCAUAGCUCUGCGAUUAGCGCCCUCUGCGCCUUCCCUGACCAGACCCAUCAAAAAGUCUUUACCUGUCGUAUUGAAGGGAUUGGAUGAGGUCAGAGGGGAUGAUGAUGAUGAGGAGGAGGAGCUGAGGAAGAGUUGGGAAAAGAUCAGAAAUGUGUUGAUGGAGGAUGAGGAAGGCAGAGAUUUGGUGGAAGAGGCGCAAAGACCAUACGCUUCGAGGAGUCAGACGCUGCUGGGUGCUUCCAGCUCCAGCGCUGCAGAAGACAGCGCUGCCGAGACGAGCGAUGCAAGAGCGGCAUACACCUCCAAUACGAAUGCCUUUUCGGACGAGCCCUACAGGGACGAUCCUCGCGCCUCGUCGGGCCCCGCACCGGACUCUCGAGACAAUUCAGCGCUGUACACUGCCCAACAAGCCCAGAUGCAAGCUCAAGAUGGACAGUUGGACGCGCUCGCCCUCUCCAUUGCUAGACAGAGAGAGAUGGGCUUGAGAAUGGGAGACGAGUUGGAAUUGCAUGGACAACUCUUGAAUGAGCUGGACGGGGCUACGGACGGAACGCAGGAGAGGCUGGAUAGAGCUCGUGGAAGGAUGAGCAGGUUGGAGAAGAGCUUCAAAGAACAUGCUUCUUCGUACACCAUCGUAUUCCUCAUCAUUGCUCUGGUCAUCUUCAUCCUCUUCGUCAAGUGAAGCUCAGCGCAGCUCGACUCAGCAUCUCAUUCUCCGAUCGGAACUUGUAGUCUGCUCCCGCACUCGCCCGCCUGUAACAUACCUCUCACCUCGAACGCGCUAGUUGCUCCAAAGCGCUGCGCCCGCCUCAACAUAGUCAUGCUAUCUUACCCGCGCAAACCUUCUACUCGCGACAGACUCGGGCAAUGAUGAUCCGCAACUAUACUAUUAGGAGGAUUAGAUGAUGCCGAGUAGUACAGUGGGGUGACAAA